AAUAUAAUUUUUUCCAAGGAAGGAGGAGAAGAAGAAAGAGAUGGACGUGAUGUUGAUCAAGAGUGAGAUUAGUGGGAAUGGAAAGAGACUCCUCGGUGUUGCCGGAGGUUCAUCAGAGAGUGGUGAUCAGGUUGUCAAGUGUAUCAAGAGGAGAAGAAGAGAGCCAGCACUGCCACCAAUCUCAGUUGAUCAUAACCAUGGUGGAGUUCUUGAACAGUCUCCUAGCAGUAGCACCAUCAAGAGAAGCUCUAGAUUUCGCGGUGUUAGCCGACAUAGAUGGACAGGCAGGUAUGAAGCACACCUCUGGGACAAAGGUUCUUGGAAUGCAACACAAAAGAAGAAGGGAAAACAAGUUUAUCUUGGUGCUUAUGAUGAAGAAGAAUCAGCAGCAAGAGCUUAUGAUCUUGCUGCACUAAAGUACUGGGGACCUACAACCUUCACAAACUUCCCAGUACCUGAUUAUGAGAAAGAGUUGGAAAUAAUGCAAAGUGUGACUAGAGAGGAGUACUUAGCCUCAUUAAGAAGCAGGAAGAGCAGUGGCUUCUCAAGAGGUGUCUCAAAAUAUAGGGGUGUUGCAAGGCAUCAUCACAAUGGAAGAUGGGAAGCAAGGAUUGGUAGAGUGUUUGGCAACAAGUACCUCUAUCUUGGCACUUACAGCACACAAGAAGAAGCAGCUCAUGCAUAUGAUAUAGCAGCCAUAGAAUACAGAGGAAUCAAUGCAGUGACAAACUUUGAUUUGAGCACAUACAUAAGAUGGUUAAGGCCUGGAGGAUCAUCAACCACAACUCCAAUAAUGCAAACUCCUCAAGAACAACAGCAACAACACCAAAACACCACCACCACCAUUAAUGGAGCUCCAUUAAGAGCCAUGCAAACUCCUUCAAGUGCUGCUCUCUUUGCAAACACUAAUAAUAAUAACAAUGAGAGUGAUCACCAACUUGUGCUGUCUCCAAGGAACCCUUUUGUUGCUGCUAGCACUGGAUCAUCAUCACCAUUGAAACAAGAAAUAGGAACUCAUUAUAAUCAGCAUCUUCAUAAUCAGUUCAUUAAUGGAAGCAGUGGCAGUAAGUCAUCUCCUACUGCACUUAGUCUCUUGUUAAGGUCUUCAGUGUUUAGAGAACUUGUGGAGAAGAACUCAAGUGUUUGUAGUCCAAAUGAAGAGAUCAUUGAAGGUGAGGAAGUGAAGGAUGAUGUUCAGUAUAAUCAUGGGAUGAUUUGCCAAGGUAUUGCUGAACAUGUCAAUGCUUAUGCUGGUAAUGGAAGUGCAAUUGAGUUGCAAGAUGGUGCACCUUUUCUUUGGAAUGGUGUUAUGGCAAUGCCUUCAAUUCAGUAGUGAAACAAGAGAGGUGGGCAUAUA